GUCUUUACACACCACAAAAUGCGAUACAACUUGUGACCUCAAAUACCAUUAUCCAAACAUAUCAUAUUAUCCUUCUUGAAAUUGAAAAAGAUAAAUAAAUAUUAAUGUGCACUUAAUUAAUAGGAAGUAGUACAAUACUAAACACAAAAUCCCAAACUCCAAAACAAUAAUCAAUACUUUUGAAAAUACUAGUCUUUUCCAUUAAUGUUUUUUUGUUUACAAACUCAUUUUGGCUGCUCGUAAUUACUCUCAUUUAUUUCUUGUGAUUUAAUCUAUUUUCCAUCAUAUAUAAAAAACCCCUCCAAAAACCCUCCUUCACACCACCCCCACCCCUACCCCCACCCCCUUCUAGAAACAAUGCUGCCCCCCACCCCCCUCUCCCUCCUCUGCGCCAUCCUCCUCUGCCUCCCCCUCGCCGUCAUCUUCACUUUCACCGCCCCUACCUCCACCACCUCCGCCGCCGCCGGAGGCGGCGCCGCCAUUUCCCCACUCCCUAUCACUAUAACUCCCACUCCAACUAAAAGAAGCCUUGCUCCAACAACAACACUUCUACACCCCAACAGCAAGAACCUCACCACGGCGGCGGCGGCAAAUUAUACGCCGCCGCGGGCUCCGCCGGCGGAGGACGAAGCUGAGGAUCAAGCCCUGUUCAACUUGGCUUCCCGGGUCGACCCGACUCCGAGGCCGGUGAAGAAGGUGGCUUUCAUGUUCCUCGCCACCACCGCGCUCCCCCUGGCGCCGCUGUGGGAGCUCUUCUUCUCGCCCGCCGCCGCGGGGAGGUACAACGUGUACGUGCACGCCGCCGCCAACUACAGCGGGGCGUUCGCGAACCGGACCAUCCCGUCGGGGCCGACGCGCCGCCACACGCCGAGCCUGAUCGCGGCGGCGCGCCGGCUGCUGGCCCACGCGCUCCUCGACGACGGGGCGAACGCGAUGUUCGCCCUCCUCUCGCCGUCGUGCGCCCCACUCCACUCCUUCAGCUACACGCACCGCGUGCUGACGCGGUCGCGGCGGAGCUUCGUCGAGAUCCUCCGCGGCGAGCCGGGCGCGCGGGAGCGGUGGGCGGCGCGUGGGGAGGACGCGAUGCUGCCGGAGGUGGGGUACGACGACUUCCGGAUCGGGUCCCAGUUUUGGGUGGUGCGGCGGAGGCAUGCUAAGGUGAUCGUGCGCGACAGGAGGCUUUGGUCAAAGUUCAGGCUGCCGUGCCUGCGCGACGACACGUGUUACCCCGAGGAGCACUACUUCCCUACGCUGCUGAGCAUGGUGGACCCGCGCGGGUGCACGCCCUGCACCCUCACGCACGUGGACUGGAGGGACAGCCGCGGGGGCCACCCGCGCACCUACGCGGCGGAUGAGGUGGGCCCCGAGCUCAUCGGGGCCCUCCGCCGCAGUAGGCCGAGGUACGGCGACGAGAGAUCCGACGACGGCUCGAAUUCGUCCGUCGCCGUCGGGAGGAGGAGGCGCGACCCGUUUUUGUUCGCGAGGAAGUUCUCGCCCGGUUCACUGCACCGGUUGAUAAAUAUUGCAAAUGAUGUUAUCUUUAAAGAUUGAUUUUUUUUAAAAAAGUUUUGUAAUAAUGAGAGUAUAAAGUAUAGUGUGAUCUUAAUAAAGCAACCAAAGGCGGGACAAACCCGUGCUUUUGUUUUCCA